CGUGGCGCCACGGGCUCUCCUGCCCCGGGGCCGCGCUCCCCGCUGCACACGCCGCCCGCGCUCGCCACCUGUUGUUCGGGCCGCGCCUCCGUUCUCCCGCCGGGACCGCGGGCACCGGGGCUGGGGGACAUGGGGGCUCUCCUGGCGCUGGCGCUCGCCGCGCUUUGCCUGCCCGCGGCCUCCGACUUCGACGGGAGGUGGCCCAGGCAGAUGGUGUCCUCCAUCGGCCUCUGUCGCUACGGGGGCAGAAUCGACUGCUGCUGGGGCUGGGCCCGCCAGUCCUGGGGACGGUGCCAGCCUUUCUACGUCUUAAAGCAGAGAAUAGCAAGGAUACAGUGCCAGCUCAAAGCGGUGUGCCAGCCGGCCUGUAAGCACGGGGAGUGUGUGGGCCCCAACAAGUGCAAGUGCCACCCUGGAUAUGCCGGCAAGACCUGCAACCAAGAUCUCAACGAGUGUGGCCUGCAGCCUCGGCCCUGCAAGCACCGCUGCAUGAACACGUGGGGCAGCUUCAAGUGCUACUGCCCCAGCGGCUACAUGCGCAUGCCCGACGGCUCCUGCUCAGGUGCCCUGACCUGCUCCCUGGCCAACUGCCAGUAUGACUGUGAUGUGGUAAAGGGUCAGGUGCGCUGCCAGUGCCCGUCCCCUGGCCUCCAGCUGGCCCCGGAUGGCCGCACCUGCAUGGAUAUUGAUGAGUGUGCCCUGGGCCGAGCCUCCUGCCCACCAUUCCGCCAGUGUGUCAACACCUUUGGGAGCUACGUCUGCAAGUGCCAAGACGGCCUGGACCUCGUGUACAUCGGGGGGAAGUACCAGUGUCACGACAUUCCCAGAGUCCUGGUCGAGCCCUCGGGCCCCAUUCCUGGCCCCAGAGGGAACGGCAGUGCGUCCAAGGGAGACGGCGGCCAGAGCAACCGGAUUCCUGAUGUGGGCAGGACGCAGUGGCCCCCGAGGACUCCCUACAUCCCUCCCGCCACCGUCCCCACCAGCAGGCCCACCGCCAAGCCAACGGCACCCCCCACGCCACCCCCCACCCCACGCCCCACCCCGAGGCCCACGCCUCCUCCACCCCCACCCCUGCCCACCCACCCUAGGACCCCCCCACCGCCACCGCCCACGAGGGGCAGACCCACCCCCAGGAUGAGCACGGCUGCCCCGGCCACCACUGUCCCGGCCACCACCUCCCCCGGAGGCGGCACCAUGGACAACAGGAUCCACACGGACCCCCAGAAGCCACGGGGAGACGUGUUCAGUAAGUGGCGGGGGGGGGGGGGGGCGUUCUGUGUGCAGGGUGUCACCAGGGGUCAGUGGCGUCCAGGUGGCUCUGAGUCCACCCAGGACCUCGUCCUGUCCUUCUCCAGUGCCCCCGGUCACCGCUGGCUCGCUGUGGACGCUGCUUGGUGUCUCUGUGUCGCGGGGGUGCGCACCCCUGGCAUUUGCUUCUUGUAUUUGAUUGUUUGACUAGGCGUCACACCUUCCAUCCUG